UUGAGCUAAUUAUGCAAAAUGGCGUCAACGCGCUAUGUACGAUAGCAAUGUCUUCAUUUGUCAGGGGAAUAUUAGGCAGGUUUUUCCCUUCUGGAGCAAAAAAUGGAAACCAUCGAAUAGCUUAUUGUAAUUCGUCCAUUGGGAGUUCAUUUGGAUGACAUUUUCUUGAAAGACAAGCUUUUAUUUUGUGAUUGGGAUUUGUUGAUCAAAGAUGGCACGUGGAAGAAGCAGUGUUGGAAAGGAGAAGGAAAAGGAGAAGGAUAAAGACCGUGAACCAGAUCCAAAGUAUGCUCUGUGGAUAAUCGCUGCUAUAGGCAAGGUCAAGGGACAGAAGCAACGGCCAAGCGAGGACCGUAUUGCUCAUAUUCUUCAACAUGUUUAUGGCUUAGACCCGCAGGUGGCUUUGGAACAACUUGAGCUGUGUGUGAAAACAGGGAGAGUUCUAAAGGUAGUUUUUAAAGACAAAGCCUCGUAUAAGGACCCUGCUAAAGUACCUCAUCAUAUACGAGGAACUGUUGAAAGACCCUUAGACUUCCUGGAGUUUAUUAAGGAAGCUCUUGAGAAUGUAGGAGAUGAAAAUGGAUGCACACAGCAAGCUAUUCAUAGUUAUGUUGUUGAUCGUCAUGCUGCAAGUUUAGAAUCUCCUAGUAAUACACAAAUACGGAUCAAAGAGUCACUUAAGAAAGGACUUGCCUCUGAGGUUUUGAUCAAGGAAGGAAGAUAUUACAGACUUGCAUCACCUCCCAAGGUUUGUAUUGUGAUGGCACGUGGAAGAAGCAGUGUUGGAAAGGAGAAGGAAAAGGAGAAGGAUAAAGACCGUGAACCAGAUCCAAAGUAUGCUCUGUGGAUAAUCGCUGCUAUAGGCAAGGUCAAGGGACAGAAGCAACGGCCAAGCGAGGACCGUAUUGCUCAUAUUCUUCAACAUGUUUAUGGCUUAGACCCGCAGGUGGCUUUGGAACAACUUGAGCUGUGUGUGAAAACAGGGAGAGUUCUAAAGGUAGUUUUUAAAGACAAAGCCUCGUAUAAGGACCCUGCUAAAGUACCUCAUCAUAUACGAGGAACUGUUGAAAGACCCUUAGACUUCCUGGAGUUUAUUAAGGAAGCUCUUGAGAAUGUAGGAGAUGAAAAUGGAUGCACACAGCAAGCUAUUCAUAGUUAUGUUGUUGAUCGUCAUGCUGCAAGUUUAGAAUCUCCUAGUAAUACACAAAUACGGAUCAAAGAGUCACUUAAGAAAGGACUUGCCUCUGAGGUUUUGAUCAAGGAAGGAAGAUAUUACAGACUUGCAUCACCUCCCAAGCUUAAUUUUACUGUGAUACUCAAAAGACAGGGUUAUGAUAUUAGUUAUGUCUUGUUUUUAGGUCAUCCAUCAUGUUUGAAGUACUCUCCCGAGUUAACAGCUCGCAUUAAGCAAGAACCUUGGCAGUGCAUUGAGUGCAAAGUGUGCUCUGUCUGCCAGGAUGCUGGAAAUGCUGAUAACCUUUUAUUCUGUGAUGCAUGUGACAAAGGAUUCCACAUGGAAUGUCUGUCUCCUCCAAUGACUGAAACACCUACAGGAAGCUGGGUUUGCUCAGGAUGUAAGGUAAAAACACCUGGUCGACGGAAGAAAGGACAGAUAGAGACUCCUAUCACCAGCCCGCCACGCAGAAAAAUUCAACCUCAAGCAACAGCAGAAGUUCAAGGGUCAAGUGUGUGUCCUACACCAGGUUGUGAUGGAUCAGGUCAUGUCAAUGGAAGAUUUACAUCACAUAGGAGCCUUCCAGCUUGCCCAAUUGCCAAUGAGACCAAAAAGUUUGAGGAAGAUUCUAAGUCUGCUGACGAAACUCCCAAGAGGCGACCUGGUAGACCACCUGCUUCCAGUAAAGCACAGCCCAUGACUCCACUCUCACCCACAUCACCCAGAAAACAACAGCAGCUACCCCCAGGAGUGACUGAGGAGGAUCUAGCACUGUUCAAGCAGGCUCAGGAAAAAGCUAAUGCUGCUAUGAAUCUGGAUUCAUCCACCACUCUUGUGCCAAGUACUCGCUCACCCCCACUGAUCCAGUUUGGUCGGUAUGAGAUAGUUACGUGGUACUCUUCACCGUAUCCUCAAGAGUAUGCCAGACUUCCCAAACUCUACCUGUGUGAGUUUUGCCUCAAGUACAUGAAAAGCACCAGCAUCCUGAUGCGCCACAUGACAAAAUGCAAAUGGUUUCAUCCACCGGCUAAUGAAAUUUACCGUAAAGGUGAAAUCUCGGUAUUUGAAGUGGAUGGUGCAGUUAACAAGAUCUACUGUCAGAACCUUUGCCUGUUAGCCAAGCUGUUUCUUGAUCACAAGACUCUGUAUUACGAUGUUGAGCCAUUCUUGUUCUAUGCUUUAACAAAGAACGAUAAGAAAGGCUGUCAUUUGGUGGGUUAUUUCUCAAAGGAAAAGUCAUGUCAACAGAAGUACAAUGUGUCUUGUAUUAUGACCAUGCCUCACUAUCAGAGACAAGGAUUUGGCCGCCUGCUCAUCGACUUCAGUUAUCUCUUGUCGAGAAUUGAAGGCCAGCCUGGAUCUCCUGAGAAACCCUUGUCAGACCUUGGUUUGAUCAGCUAUCGUAGCUACUGGAAGAGUGUUUUACUAGAGUAUCUGCACGACCACAAAGAAAAACAUGUAACCAUUAGAGGGAUUAGUAAGUCGACUGGAAUGGAUCCGCAUGACAUUGCUGCUACACUACAGAUUCUCAACAUGGUUCAGAAACGGGACGGCAAGUUUGUGCUGUGUGUUAACCAACGCCUCAUCAACACACACAUGGAAAAACUAAGAAAGAGCAACCGCACCUCGCUGGAUCCUGACGCACUGAGAUGGACCCCUCUGGUACACACCAACUUGGCGCUCAUCGACAAGGAAAACGAAGCAGCCAACGGACCGCACGCCAAGAAUGGUACAGAAGACACUGGUGUGGAAGACAAGGAGGUCCCAGAGGACGCCAGCGAUCGACAGGUGGAUGUGAUUAACAGCAGUCUGGAUGACAAGUCCAAAGAUGGAUUAAUUGUGAACGGAGUUGUCGAAGAUGAAGAAUGUGAAAGUGCUUCCGAGGAAGAUGACGAGGGACCGAUUAUUCGCCCGAGAAAGCGCCGACGGAGUAAUACGCUUUCGGACAGCGGUUCGGACAAAACCGAGGGGAAAGAAGACGAUGAAGGAGUAUCCAAGAACCGGGCAAACUCAAAGAAAGAAACUGAUUCCGAAACUGCGGCAAGCAAAAAGCUGAAUAGCGCAGAGCCCGAACCAGAAGUCGUCAAGAAGCGAAUGAAAUUGAACGAUGAAGAGCCGAGAGCUGAUGUCAGCGACGAUUCUGCAGAUAAUUCGGACUCCGAUGAUUCGUCGUCAUCUUCGUCGUCGUCGUCUUCGUCAUCGUCCGAAGACAGCGAUAACGGAGAACCUAUGGAUGACAACGAAGAUAAUCCCGCUAGGCAAAACGAAGACGGCCAAAAAGGCUCCGAAGAUGGAACGAGCGAAUCGUCGUCCGAAAUGAACAACUCGCCAGCGGGCGUUUAUGCGGGAUUCGGCAGCCAAUCAGGUCCUCGAGAUCCCUUAGCUGGGUUAACAGACCCAGAGAUUGGAAUGGAUCCCGCAUUCUCCAGAUUGUCACCGAGUUUUGAGUGCAAGGAGAGUAACCCGUCGGAUAAUUUAGCAGUAGACCAAGAUAUGAACCCUGUGGUGGAUUUCCCAGACACGGAUAGCACAGCACUCAUCAAAGAACUGUCUGAAGAGGUGUUCUCUAUCGGGGCCACGCCCUCUCUUGGAGGGCAGCACUCUUCAGACGAAGAGAUUUGAGCAGACCUUUUAUUUUGAUGUGCUCUUUUAGUGAUUGAUUCCUCGUCUUUUUGUCAAACACACGAUUGAUGUAAAUUCUCCUUUUUUGUUGGUUUUAGUUAUCACAUCAACUUGGAUAAGACAGCAGUUCUUUCUUCAAGAAGGCGAUUGAUUGUUAAAAUCCACGGAAACUGCAAUGUAACCUUACGGGAAGUUUCACAAAGUGACAUGUUAUGUUCUGAAACUUUAAACUACCAAUUCAACCACAUGUUGACCGAGAAAGAUUUAACUCUCUUUAAAGGAGCUACGUCACAGUUACCCACCUUAAAAAGUUCAGCCUAAUUUUUUCAAAUUCGUCGUUUGUAAUCCGUGUGAAUCAAUCCUUUACCAUCCUUGUUUCUAAACGUUGUAUCAUUAUCUCUAUGGUAUUUUUCAAUCUUAGUAAACUACUAUUUUCAGGUUUUCUUCUAUUUAGAGGGUAUUUUGGUCUUGGCCAAAAUACCGUGACUGAGGUCCUUUAAAUUGGAAAAGAUUGA